CGUUGGACCGAGCGCAGAUUUAACACAGUGGAGUUUGAUUUUUAUAGAACUAAAUUUAUUUGAAACGUACACAGUAGGAUCCGCCUGGUUGCCUACUCAAAUCAUUCGUCAAAGUUAAACUAAACGUCGCGUGCUCAGUCUACAUUAUGACGUCAUAUUUCAGACGUAAAACGUUCAAGUUUUGUCUUCGGAAAUAGCCGAAGAGAGUUACGUGAUUCCGAAUUUUUUUUAAUUUCUUCUUUUAUUGUUCAUCAAUUUAAUUCAUAUGAAUGCCAAUGUAAUAAAAUUGAAUACUUUAUUCAGUAUCAAAAAGAUCAGUUCCUUGACGUUAAUGUUUUUAUUUUCCAUCUGAUAAUUUGAUAAGACAUACAUAGAACAAGUCGUAUUUCUUGAUUGAAGCGCUAUUGAAACUUAUCUGGUUUCCUUUUUAAUUUCUUUUAAUUCAAAUUACCUUCUAUUGAAACAUUGGAACUUAUUUAAUCGAGUUUAAGGACAAUAAACAUCGACAAGUACCAGUCAAUCAAUGAUCGAACUAACUUUUUAUAAACAAAAUGGCUGCCAAGAUGGCGGCGCCCAGGGCUGGAAGAAUUUUUUUUUGGCCUUAGUACCCCUGAUUCAACUCUCAUUUUUCACUGAUUUUCGUAUAUAUACGUGUUACCAUUAAUCCUCGCUUCGCGAGGCAGGCUUCGCCCGCCUCUCGCUGCGCUCGGUAAAAAAAGAACAUAAUGGUCCUUCGCUGGGGAAUCUGUGGAGCAGGGUUGAUUUGUAAUGAUUUUGUGUCGGCAUUGUUAGCUCCUCCCAAUAAUGUUCAUGAGGUAGUUUGCGUUGGAGCAAGAUCAUUAGCUAGAGCCCAAGAAUUUGCUGACAGGUUUGGUAUCAAGAAAGCCUAUGGCUCAUACGAUGAAGUUGCCACUGAUCCAAAUGUUGAUGUUGUGUACAUUGGUUUGAUACCCUGUUACCAUGUGAAGCUGUCCAAACAGAUCCUAAAAGCAGGAAAAAAUGUUCUAUGUGAAAAACCAGUAGCAGUUAGUUUGAAUCAGUUUUUGGAGGUCCAGCAAGUGGCCAAAGACUACAAACGCUUCUUCAUGGAGGCAAUUUGGAGCAGGUGCUUUCCAAUUUAUCGUAAAAUCAAAGAGGAGAUUCAUUCUGGAAACCUUGGGGAAAUCCUGCAUGUACAAUGCCAGUUUUGUUAUUCUGUGGUUGAAACGAUUCGCUUUAAAAAGCCUGAGCUAGGGGGAGGAGGUCUGCAUGAAGUUGGAAUUUACACAAUCCAGCUAGCUACAAUGGUAUUUAACAAUGAAAAGCCCUUGAAAAUCACAGCUGAUGCUUCGUUUUCUGAUCAAGGAGUGGAUCAAAAUGGCUGUAUGACCUUAACCUACAAGAAUGGCGGUAAAGCAGUGCUCGUCUACAGUACACUGUUUCAAGGAAAGAAUUCAGCAAUAAUAUAUGGUUCAAAGGGAAAAAUAGAGAUCGAUGACACUUUCUGGAGCCCAGUCUCAGCAAAUCUGCCGUCGGGUAAAAUAACCAAUGAAAUACCUUGUGGUCCAGCUCAAAACAACUUUCCCAACACUGGGGGUUUGCGGUAUGAGGCAGACUGUGUCAAGAAGUGUCUUGAAGCAGGAAAUUUGGAGUGCAGUGAAGUGACCUUCGCUGACAGUCAGGCUAUUAACCACAUCAUUGAUGAAGUGGUGAGACUAACGGGAAUUCAUGUCCAAUGGUGAAUAGAAGCUUUUCUGAUUGGGAAUGCAGAUUUUUCCAACUGCUUUCGAGGAGUUUUUAAAACCCAAUUAAGAGUGCAUCAGUAUGGGCUUCUCAGCAGAUUUGAUCACGCACCAACCAACUUCAUAUCCCGGUGAACCUUUUAACAUUGAUUUUUAUUACUUAUAUUCAUACAGAAUUGAACGUUUUCGUUAUCCUGUAGGUUUAUAUAAGGAAACAUAUUUGCAAAUGUGAAUGUUAAUGAUUAUUGAUGCUUGUAGUAUAUGUUUUACAUGUACUUGUGGCCAUAAACAAUUAUAUUUAUGAUUAAGGUGCUAAUUUUUUUUUACAAACAUGUAUUUACUGAGUGAUUUGUUUAUUGCUUGAGAUCCACUUUUUACUGUUUGAUUUCUUUUAAUUCCUUUUAAUUACUUAAUCUACAUGAUAAACUUUUUUAAUGUGAUCUUUUUACAUAUAUGCAGGUUAUGAUAUAAAAAUCAAUAAAAUUUUAUUAACAUGUUGAUACAAUUCUCUCUCUUAAUUAGAAUCGGAUAAGCAAAGUGUUCGUUUUUUCCUAAUCAGAACAUUCGGGAGUACGAAUAACUAAAACACCUGCCGCUGUUAGGGACACAUUUAAUGUUGAUUAAUUUUUUAUAUUAAUAAAAUCCUACAUGCUAGGCCUUAUAAAAUUGGUCAUAAAUAUUUUCAUAGAAGGAAACUUGGUUAAAUAUGGCAAGAUUUGCCAACACUAAUUUAUUUAACAGUGAUUUAAAACUAAAUAAUAGCGUUCGGUCAAUAGGCUAAUGAUGUAUUUAAUGUACGUAGG